UUCAAGGUUUCCUUUUAAAAUUGCAGUCUUGCAAAACAGGAAAAUUAAAAAUAAAAUGAAGAAAUUACGUUUUAACUCUUAACACGGUUUGGACACGCGUCGUUAAUCUCUGAUACUAAAAUAAUAUUUACACGCUGAAAAUUUCACUCCAUAACGAAAGUUAUGCAUCUGAGAUUAUCUCCUCAGAUAAUAAGCGUAGAAGUUUGUAAACGCGAAACGAAGACGGUGCUAUGCGAAUUGUUGAUAACUUAUGGUGUACGCGAUUUAUCGUGGUCUCCGGGAUCUCAGAACAGACAAUGCGUACAAGAAGACUCGAUCUGAGCUCAGUAUUAAUCGAGCCGUUCAAUAGAACGACAGGCCCACGAUAUUGUAACGAUACCCGAUUGUUUGAGCAUUCUGAGUCGUAUGUUCAAUCGACCUGAUCAAGUUUGAAGGUGAAAAAGAGGUGGUUGAUCGUUGUUUCGACCUUUCGCUAUCGUGCAGAUCUUAAAGAUCAUAACGCGAUCUCUCAUAAACAUCUUGUAACAACCUUCAAUGCGAACAUCUGACCAAAAUUAUGAGGCCAACAAAUAAAUCUGAACGGAUCAGUUGAUCAAGUAAAGUGACGUGAUUUCAUCUUCCUCCUAAUGUACGUUCACGAUUGUAUAAGCACAACAUCGUUCAUGAAUUACCACUUUGGAAUCCCUUCCACGUGCGACUCAUAACAAUGUUCUUUGUAGAUCAAUGAUGUAAUCGCAUAGAGUGAUAGGCGGAGAGGAUGGAGAAUCGUUUACAAACCUCGAAUUCGCCAUUGGCGAAAAAGAAGGUGCGACUGGAAAGGGUUAUCGACAUAGAGGACGAAGCUGUAUCGAUCCCAAGUCCCCCCAAUCGAAUUAUGACAUCUUUACUUUUGACGCGAUGGCUAGCAUCGAGGAGUACUCCUCGCAGUGAGCCAGAAACCAGCUGGUCCAUCGACGAUCGUAGCUUGGAGUAUGGGACACCACCACCCAUAGAAGAACCACAUUGCUACUCCAUGUGCCCUAGCGAGAGCUCCUGCACCGAGGAGAUUAAUUGCGCGUUGCAGGUGAACAAAAGUGUGAUCAAGAACCUCUUGGUUGAGCACAUGAGAUACGUAGGCGGUCGACUGCAGCUGCUGGACGAUUUAGAUGCGAAGAAAAUAGACCUGGAGGACUCUGAACGUUUCGUGAAAACCUACAAGCAGCAUGAGAUAGACACUCUUUUGCUUUAUGCCAGUUUCCUAGGCCGAGCGGACGUUAUUAGGAUUCUGCAUAAACAUGGCGCGGACUUAAACUAUUCGGAACAAGAGCAGGGCCUAACUGCAUUGCAUCUAUGUUCCUUCAGUAACUGCUUGGAAGGUGUCCAAUAUCUGCUGGCGAAUGGUGCCUUCAUGGACUUAAAACGAAUGCAUACACCAUUUCAUUACGCUGCUUUUGGGGACGCGUUCCAUGUAGCUGAGUAUUUUCUUCGGCUGGGAAUCACUCAGGAGUCCUCGCUGGGAGAGGAGACCGUGUUGCACACUGCAGCGAGAUCAAAUGCUUUGAACGUUUUGAAGUUACUAGCGCCCUGUAAUCCUGCUUUAAAUAAUUUGGACUGCAAUGGAUACGCGGCUAUUCAUCACGUGGCUGACCGAGGGGAACCAGCCUGUCUGACUGUUCUGCUAGACGCCGGUUGCGAGUUGGACCUAAUGACUAAAAAAGGCGACACUGCUCUACAUCUCGCUGCGGAAGCCAGCUGUGUGGAGAACGUGGACUUAUUGGUAGAAAGAGGAGCGAAUGUUCAUUUGAAAAAUCAUAGGGACCAGACAGCCCUGCAUAUAGCGUCACGAUCUCACUCGUUAGAGUGCGUGGAAAUACUGCUGAAAAAAGGCGGUUGUGACCUUAACGCGGAGGAUAGCGAUGGGAGGACGCCUCUGCACCUAGCUUUAGGUAGAUCUUUAUUAGCUUACGACGUUACGGAGUUUCUUAUAACCUGGAAGGCGAAUGUGAACAAAACGGACAAGUAUGGCUACACGCCGCUCCACAUCGCCGCUCUCAAUGAACUUUCUCAAUGCGUGGAUAUUCUAAUUCAGCAUGGAGCGGAUCUUAGUGCUAGAACUAAGGGCGGCACCAGUGCUCUGUCCAUCAUCUUGCGCAAGACGCCGACGUCCUUGAACGUUUUCAAACAACGACUCGAUGCCUCGAUAACGCUUCAUCAACACGGAUCGGCAACGGGAGAGGUGGAGCUCCGACUCGAUUUUCAUCCCCUGUUGAUGCAUCAGCAGCAAGGCGAGAUUAGGUAUCUGGGAACAUUCGUGAAAGAGGGGUACAAGGAGAUUUUGGAGCACCCGCUGUGCCAGGCGUUCCUCCAUUUAAAAUGGCAGAAGAUUCGAAAGUAUUAUGUGGGUAGGCUGGUCUUCUACCUGUUUUACGUUCUCAUACUCACAGGUUGGGUAAUGACUGCCUUGGCGCAUAACUGUUACAACGAGUCGCACGGGCAAUUGGAUAAUAAUCAGCGGCCAUUGUGUGCAAAUACCACUGGAAUCAACGGGUUUCUGUACAGGCAUCCAGUAUUGCUAGAGCUAGAAUGGUACGCGCUAAUGGUGCUGACCAUUCUAGAAGCGUUCCGCAAACUGACCAGCAUUCCGACUUAUCUGUCGGUCCGCCAAUUCUUUACCCAAGCGGAGAACAUGGUGGAAUGGUGCGUUAUACUGAGCGUGUUCGCCACGUCCUUCAUUUACACAGGCAGAACGUACGCGUGGCAGAAUCACGUAGGGGCAUUCGCGGUUCUCUGCGGAUGGAGCAACCUUAUGUUGAUGAUAGGACAAUUGCCGAUAUUUGGAGCAUACGUAGCGAUGUUCACCAGCGUUCAAGCGCAAGUGUUCAAACUUCUGCUGGCCUACGCGUGCCUUCUAGUAGGUUUCACUGCCAGCUUCUGCGUGAUCUUCCCACGUUCCAAGUCCUUCAGCAGUCCACACAUUGGUCUGAUCAAGGUGCUGGUUAUGAUGACUGGGGAGUUGAACUUCGAGGACCUGUUCUUCCCUAGGGAAGAGGAUAGUACGUCCAUGGAUUCAGGUGGCACCUCGUGGAUUCUGCUGCAAGUAUCGGCACAGUUGUCGUUCGUGCUGUUCCUGUUAUUCGUCACGAUUGUAUUGAUGAAUCUGUUAGUUGGCAUUGCGGUACACGAUAUAAAAGGACUUCAGAAAACUGCAGGUCUGGCGAAACUCGUCAGGCAGACUAAACUCAUCUGUGAUGUGGAAACCGCUUUGUUCCUCGGACUGAUGCCAAAACGAUUAACGAAAUUCUUGCGCUGGACAGCGCUGUUGUUGCCGUCGCCCUUGAGAGCGGUUCUAACCGUUCGACCCCUUAACCCAAGAGAAACUAGGCUGCCUCGUGAUUUAUUAUUCGCCGCCCACAAGGUCGCGAAGGAACGGAAAAAUAUGUCUGGCACGUUGUACAGCAGAAAGAGCACCAACACGAUGCAGACGUAUCUAAAAAGCGAUUCAUUCUCGACAUUCCGUCGACGAUUACCCGAGGAAGACGUUGUUAACAUGGAUGAUUACAUGAUCAAAGGAGAGCUGGCUGAAGUGAAGCAAAUCUGCGAGAGGAAUCAAAAACUCCUUCAAGAUCUACUGAUGCAUCUGGUAAUGAAUAAGCGCGGUAGCAAAGAAGAGGAUGAGAAUAAUUAAGACAUUUAGUCUUCGAAUUCCUGGAACGUUGUGCUUGAAAUAUAUCGUGCGAACGAUCUGAAGAACUCGGAAUCGCUGGAUCGAUUUCAGAGAUGAUUUCAAUUUACGUGGAAAUUGUAUAUACUGUUUUUUCAAUUUUAGGAAACUAUUUUCAAGUUUUAUAUGGUGAAAAGUUAUAUCGAAUAUUGCAGUUUUUGAGAUACUUUUUAUGGUCUGACGUGAUCUUUCGGUGAAGAUGAAACGAAACAACCGAAAAUAAUAAACGAUGGAGUCAUCGCAAAUUAAUUAACUUCAGGGACGAUUGUUAAUGUUGUUUAUUUGAAAUCGAUACCUGUAAAUUGCAAUUUUUAUAUUUCUGAAUUUUAAACUUUUAGAUGACCAAUUUUCUGAAUUUCUAAAUUUGCAAGUUUUCAAGUUUUUACUUUUGUAAACUUUCUACAUUCUCAUGUUUCUAUAUUCUGAAAAAAUUUCCAGAGGUAAAGAUAAAAGAUGACUAGAUAAUAAUAAGAUAAUAGAAAUUAAAAUCUGUGGAAAUUUUCUUAGAAGAUAUAACAUUAAUGUACAAAAUAUUAGUGCAUACACAUGACACAAAAAUAGUAAAGAUUUUUCAAUCUAAACAGUUUUCAUUAGUGUUCUUUCGUUGUUUGUGUGUCAAGAACACAUGGAAUAAUUUCGCGUCCGAGAACGAGAAAGUUUUUAUACUUCAUGGCUGAAAAAUUGAAAGUUUCGAAAUCUUGUUGUUUCGUUUGGAAUAAAUUAUUCGUGCUCAAUAUUUGUAAAAUAUUGUAAUGUAGGAAGAUAUUGAAUUCCGUCCAUAAGAUGAAUAAAUGUAAAAAUUGUAGAAAUAUGUAAGAAUAAAUUAUUGAACUUUUAAAAUAUUUUCAUACUUAAUAUAUGCAAACAUCUUGACUGCACAAACGAUUUAUCUGAAACAUGAUUUUUCUGCUGAAUUUUAAUUUCAAUAAAAUAUAAAUUAUUCCCUAGUUACAUGUUUUAGCUUCAGAACAAUUUUAUUUCAUCUAAUGCCACCGUGUAGAUCUCUGAUCAGAAUUUUUAAAACAACUUGUAUGUGACAUUUGAUGAAGAUAAUUAAUAUGUUGGUGAACGGAAAAUACCUAUCAUUCUUAAAGGUGUACGCUCAAAGAUAGAUAAAAAAGGAAUAAUUGAUAUUUUGCAGAAGAUACAUCUUAUGUAACUCACUGUAAAAGGUGUGGAAAUAUUUCUUGACAUUUUGACAGCUAUAUGUUUUGCUAAUUCUUUAUUGCUUUUUGUAAUUUAUCUGACAAGUCGAUAAUUUAAUAACGAUGAUUGCAAAAUUAUUAAUUUUUGAAUUAUAGGUAGAAUGCUUGUGUAGUAGUUAUUUAUACAACAGAUUAGUAUGGUAGUGAUUAUCUUUAAGGUAGAUACUGUGAUAGUAGUUAUCUGUAAAGUAGAUAUUGCUAUGGUAAUUAGCUACAAAUGCUGUUACGUUAUCUAAUGCUGUUAAAUUAUCUACAGAUACUGUUAUAGAAAUUAUCUUUGAGGUAGAUACUGUGAUAGUAAUUAUCUGUGAGGUAGAUAUUGUGGUAAUAAUUAUCUAUAAAGUAGAUACAAUUGUAUUAAUUAUCUAAAAAGUAGAUACUGUGAUAAUACUUAUCUAUAAAAUAGAUACUGUUAUAGUAAUUGUCUAUAAAAUAGCUACUACAGUAGUAACUAUCUAAAAAUUAGAUGAAAUAUAGUUAAUUAUCUAUGAGGUAGAUACUGUGAUAGUAAUUAUCUGUAAAGUAGAUACUGUUAUAGUAAUUAUCUAUGAAGUAGACACUGUGAUAGUAAUUAUCUGUGAGUAAAAUACUGUAGUAAUAAUUACCUAUAAAGUAGAUACUAUUAUACUAAUUAUCUAUAAAGUAAAUACUAUGAUACUAAUUAUCUAUAAAAUAGAUACUGUUAUAGUAAUUAUUUAUCCAGCAAAUAC